AACCCGGUUCCGAGCGAGGGAAACACUAAACUCAUCCACAUGCACAGCGCGUAGAGUGCAGCUGCGGCGGCUCCACAGCGCCCCCUCCUGUCCGCUCCGGACAGAUCGAAGGGAGACGUGUCCCAUGUCAGAUUAGCUUGGACGGACACAGCACCAGAAGCAACAUGGGACAGAAAGCAGACGAAGAAAUGACGGAAAACCCAUUUGAGCCAUACAUCGAGUCUUUUCGGCAGCAAUUUGAAGGCCAAGACCCGGUUGUUCUUAUCGGAGUUAUCGUAGCGUUAGCGGUGGUCGUCAUCACCUGCGUAUUUUUAAAGUACUUCCUGACCAGUAAGACUGUCCGCAGCGCUGUGUUGUUAGUGGGGCUGUGUGACUCUGGCAAAACCCUUCUGUUCAUCAGGCUCCUCUCAGGGAAGUACAAACGGACGCAGACAUCCAUCACUGACAGCAGUGCUCCUUAUAAAGCUAAAAAUGACAGGGGCAGCACCUGGACUCUGACAGACCUGCCAGGACACGACAGUCUCCGCUCUCUGUAUUUGGAGAAGUUCAAGUCCGCAGCCAGAUCAAUUGUGUUUGUAGUGGACAGCGCCAUCUUCCAAAAGGAAGUGCGAGAUGUUGCAGAGUUUCUGUACAUGUUGUUGACGGAUGCGGUGAUCUCCAGAAAUGCUCCCACUCUUCUGGUGGCGUGCAACAAACAAGACAUGGCCAUGGCAAAGUCCGCUAAACUGAUUCAACAGCAGCUGGAAAAGGAAUUAAACACCUUGAGAGUGACUCGCUCGGCAGCACUGAGCGCUCAGGACGGCUCCGUGGGUGGCAGCGUGUUUCUGGGGAAGAAGGGGAAGGAUUUUGAGUUCAGCCAGCUGCCCAUGAGGGUGGAGUUCCUGGAGUGCAGCGCUCGUGGCGCCAAGGGCGAAGAGGGGGAGGCAGACAUCAAGAGCCUGGAGAAGAGCCUGGCUAAGCUGUAAAAAAAAAAAUUAUCUCGAAACAAUCAAGGUUUCUGUACGAGACACAAACCUCAAAUCAGGACAAGGUCUCUGAAAAUCACACGAGGAGUGACGGGUUUAACCUCGACCCGUCGACUCCAUUUGAAUGGAGGAAGAUAUCAGGUUCUUCUGCAACGCUGAGAAAUGAUCCAGCUUGUUCAGUUUAAGACUUAAAGCUUUGUUUGGUUUGUUCAGGAAUUGCAUAGCAGGAAGUUUAUCCAAAAGAAGCUAUGUUCCAGAGUUUCAACAGAUUUAAUUUAAGCUUUUGUGAAACGUGAAAAUAAGCAUGAAAAGCAUUUCAUUUGUUAACUUGGAUUGUUUUCGUUGUGCCUUUAUAUUCUGGAUUUCAUUCACAAGCAUUUAGUUGUUUCCAGAUUUGUUUUUUUUUUUUUUAGUUCUUCUGAAACGAAUGUACAACUUUAUUACAGUAGUGAUAGUUUGCAUGUGAAUCGAGCUUCUUUAAGAAACUUUAAAAAAACAGACUAUUUUCAGAUGUUAUCUUAGCUGCAGUUUUUGUUUGACAUCUGCUUUGAGACGUUUUAUAUCACCCUAUAAAAAGUUCUGUCAACUUGGUUAAAAAAA